AUGAACUUCUACUUCGAGGCUUCUGAAAUACUUAACCGUCUCGAUGCGAAAGAAGGUUCCAUCAAGGGCAUCCUAGCCACUUUGCCUGAGAACAACAGAUCGAGAACAGCUGCGCUUGUCAUCGAAACACUAAAAUACAAAUCUGUCCUCUCCGAUGUCAUCCAGGCAUCCAAGCUCCUCACCGAGGAAAGGAAGAAGAUCAAUUCUUUGAAUUUAGCCCUUGUACUAGUGCAUGACAUACUCCUCUCGAAUGGCAUUCAGGCCGGGGACGGGCCCAUCAAACAAGCCAUUUUAAGGCACAAGACUAGACUGAAGAGCGAACUUCAACGAAUCAAAAUAAAACGAGGCGUCAAAUCUGAUCUGGAGUUGGCUCAGACCAGUGACGACAGGGCAGCUAAAAUUCCUCGUUACGUUCGUGUCAAUACUUUGAUGUGGUCGACAGAGGAAGCCAUAGUGUUCUAUACCAAGUGUGGUUUUCAACUGCAAGGUCCCUUUGCGUCGAGGUCAGCCAUGUUGCUGAUGUCGUCCGCUUGUCUCAGCAAAGGGUUUGGAACUGACGAGCACAUACCAGAUCUGCUGGCAUUCAAUCCUGCUUCACAGUUUCGCGAUGAUCCCUCCUACAAAACCGGCAAGAUUAUUUUACAAGAUAAGGCGUCAUGUUUUUCCGCGUUUGUGCUAUCGCCUCCCUGUAACGACCCAAAUGCUGUGGUGAUAGACGCAACAGCUGCUCCUGGAAACAAAACGUCGCAUCUGAGCGCACUGAUGGGUAACAAGGGAAAGUUAUAUGCUUUUGAGAAGGACAAGAGGCGCUUUUCGACAUUGAAAAUGAUGCUCGCCAAAGCUGCUUGCCGGAACGUAGAAACCGUAAACGCUGAUUUUCUCACUAUCGACCCUUCCCAUCCAAAAUAUUCAUUAGCAACUCAUAUCUUGCUUGAUCCCUCCUGCAGUGGUUCAGGUAUUGUAAAUCGUCUAGACUAUUUGCUUGAAGAUGGCGAGUCUCAGACAGAAAUGGUGGAAGAAGACCGGUUGAACAAACUGGCCACUUUCCAGCUCAUGAUGAUUAAGCAUGCUAUGAAAUUUCCACAUGUACAGAAAAUUGUUUAUUCUACCUGUAGCAUUCACGCCACAGAAAACGAGCAUGUCGUUAACCAUGCACUUCAGUCGGACGAAGCAAAACGCAGCCACUUCAAGCUCGCACCUCGGAACGACGUCCUGCCCACAUGGAACCGCCGGGGGCAGGCAGAAGAAAUGAGGGGCACAGAUGAUGCGGACAGCCUAGUUCGUUGCUCCCCGGGUGAAGAUGGCACAAACGGCUUUUUCGUUUCGUGCUUCAUCCGAGAGCAUAAUUCUGUGCUUCCUCAGACUAAACCAUCGAAGAAGCGUAAAGGGGAAACUGAGGGAGUGGCUCCGGAGAAGAGGAAGAAGAAACGCAAGAAAAAGGUCAAAACAGAAUGAGGUCUUCGUUCAAUCCGCUAAUUACAUAUCCACGUCGAAAUUUCCAUCCGCAAAAUAUAAGCAUGUUUUGAGUUGUCGACCAAUCCGUGUGCGCUGUCCUACCACGGUGUGAACAUUUAUCAUUAGCGACCUCUGGAGAUAUCUGCAGUAAUUCUCCUCUAUUUCCCACCAGAGCCUGAAUUCGCCAGUGGUGAUGACACUUCAACUUCAUAGAGAGCCAGCAUGGAGCGUGUGGUACUUUCUUGGUUCCUCUUCGAAGUUUAUGAAGCAGGGCCGACGAAGUCAUUCUCUACAUGUUUCAGAUAAUUUUGGCUUUCUUGAUAACAUCGUCAAUAGUUGAGCUGACCAUGACUGAUGC